GUGUGUGUUUGUUUCUGGUGUGUGUGUGUGGUCAGAUGAUCGUGUCUCUGACUCUGGAGAGGGACAGUGGGCUCAGCUCUCUGCACUCCGCUCCAUCGCCCGGUGAGUCGAGCAUGAGACGCACGGAGAGCGUGCAGCAUCUGUCGGUGGAGCUGGCCGAUGCUAAAGCCAGGAUCAGACGCCUGCGGCAGGAGCUAGAGGAGAAGACUGAGCAGCUGCUGGACUGCAGACAGGAGCUGGAGCACAUGGAGACGGAGGUCAAGAGACUGCAGCAGGAAAACCUGCAGUUGCUGUGUGACGCGCGGUCGCUGCGGGCGUAUCGUGACGAGCUGGAUGCUCUCAGAGAGAAGGCCGUCAGGGUGGACAAACUGGAGAGUGAAGUGACGCGCUACAAAGAGAAACUCCAUGACAUUGAGUUCUACAGGACCAGAGUGGAGGAACUGAAAGAGGACUAUCAGGUUCUCCUGGAGACCAAGAGCAUGCUGGAGGAUCAGCUGGAGUCAUUCAGAGCUCGAUCUGAUAAACAUCAUGAGCUGGAGAAGGAAAAUCUGCAGCUUAAAAACAAGGUCCAUGACAUGGAGAUGGAGCGAGACAUGGACCGAAAGCGCUUGGAGGAGCUGCUGGAGGAGAACCUGACGCUAGCGGUGGCCCAGAAACAGAGCAUGGACGAGUCUCUGCAUCUGGGCUGGGAACUGGAGCAGCUCUCCAAGACCACUCCCGAGCUCACUGAAGUGCCGCAGAAGUCUCUGGGUCACGAGGUGAAUGAGCUGACGUCCAGUCAGCUGCUGAAGCUGGAGAAGGAGAAUCAGAUGCUGCUGAAGAGCGUGGAGGAGCUGAAGGCCUCCGGUGAGAGCGGCGUGCGCCUCCGUCUGGAGAAACACAACCAGAAACUCAGCCAGCAGCUGGAGCAGCUGCAGGCGGAGCUGGCUGCAGACAGAGAGAGUCUGCGCAGCGCUGAGAGUCUGAGCGCAGACCUGCUGAAGGAGAAGGCACAGCUGGAGAAAACCCUGGAGACGCUCCAGCAGAACUCCGACAGACAGGUCAAGGGUCUGGAACAGGAGAACGAUCAUCUGAACCAGACCAUCGCCUCUCUCAGACAGCGCUCUCAGGUCAGCGCUGAGGCCCGCGUCAAAGACAUCGAGAAAGAAAACCGCGUGCUGCACGAGUCCAUCAAAGAGACCAGCAGCAAGCUCAACAAGAUGGAGUUUGAGCGCAAACAGCUUCGCAAAGACCUGGAGCACUACAGAGAGAAAGGAGAAAGAGCCGAGGAGCUGGAGAUGGAGGUCCAUCGACUGGAGCGAGAGAAGGAGAGUCUGCAGAAGCGUCUCGCUGCUCUCGCCAUCACCUGCGGGAAGGUGGAGGUGCUGGAGAAGGAGAAUGCUGAGCUGGAAGCGGAGAGCAGGAAGCUGAAGAAAGCAGCAGACGGUCUGAGGAAUGUUUCCUAUCAGCUGGAGGUCCUGGAGAAGGAGAACGCUCAGCUGGACGAAGAAAACCUGGAGCUCCGGCGCAUGGUGGAGUCUUUACGGUCCUGCGGAGCCAAGGCUGCCCAGCUGGAGCUGGAGAACAAAGAGCUGGAGAACGAGAGAACCCAACUCAAAAAGAGUCUCGAGCUGCUGAAGGCUUCGUCCAAAAAAAACGAGCGUCUGGAAGUCAGUUACCAAAGCCUCGACGCAGAGAACCAGCGGCUCCAGAAAGCCCUGGAGUCUGGCAGCCGCAAGAUUCAGCAGCUGGAGGGAGAGCUGCAGGACACGGAGGUGGAGAACCAGAGCCUGCAGCAGAGUCUGGAGGAGCUGAAGAUCUCCAGCAAAGGCCUGGAGCAGCUGGCGCAGGAGAACACAGCCCUGGAGCAGGAGAACAGUCAGCUGGAGAAGGACAAGAAGCAGCUGGAGAAGGAGAACAAACGGCUGCGACAGCAGGCUGAAAUCAAAGACUCCAGACUCGAUGAAGACAACCUGCGCAUCUCUCAUCUCGAGAAGGAGAACCGCACGCUGGGCAAGGAGGUCGCCGCUCUCAAAGACAUGUGUGGUCGCGUGAAAGACUUGGAGAAGGACAAUAAGGAACUGGUCAAACAAGCAACCAUAGACAAGAAGACCCUGGUCACUCUGAGAGAGGAGCUUGUCAAUGAAAAAUUAAAGACCCAGCAGAUUAACAAUGACCUGGAGAAGCUGACCCAUGAGCUUGAGAAGAUCGGCCUCAAUAAAGAGGGGCUUCUGGGUGAUGAAGAGAGCUCUGACGACAGGUUUAAGCUUCUAGAGUGUAAACUGGAGUCCACUCUGAAGUCCUCUCUGGAGAUCAAAGCGGAGAAGAUCGCUGCUCUAGAAGCCCGACUGCAGGAGUCCUCCAACCUCAACCAGCAGCUACGACAGGAGCUCAAAACGGUGAAGAAGAACUACGAGGCCCUGCGCCAGCGUCAGGAGGAGGAGUGUUCGGCUCAGAGCUCGCCUGCUCGAGGACGGGAGGACACACAGAGCAAGUGGGAGAAGCAGAGUCAGGAGGCCACGCGAGAGCUUCUGACCAUAGACAAGAAGACCCUGGUCACUCUGAGAGAGGAGCUUGUCAAUGAAAAAUUAAAGACCCAGCAGAUUAACAAUGACCUGGAGAAGCUGACCCAUGAGCUUGAGAAGAUCGGCCUCAAUAAAGAGGGGCUUCUGGGUGAUGAAGAGAGCUCUGACGACAGGUUUAAGCUUCUAGAGUGUAAACUGGAGUCCACUCUGAAGUCCUCUCUGGAGAUCAAAGCGGAGAAGAUCGCUGCUCUAGAAGCCCGACUGCAGGAGUCCUCCAACCUCAACCAGCAGCUACGACAGGAGCUCAAAACGGUGAAGAAGAACUACGAGGCCCUGCGCCAGCGUCAGGAGGAGGAGUGUUCGGCUCAGAGCUCGCCUGCUCGAGGACGGGAGGACACACAGAGCAAGUGGGAGAAGCAGAGUCAGGAGGCCACGCGAGAGCUUCUGAAGGUCAAAGACCGACUCAUAGAGGUGGAGAGAAACAACGCCACUCUCCACGCAGAGAAGCAGGCUCUCCGGACGCAGCUGAAGCAGCUGGAGUCUCAGAGCGGGAAUCUCCAGGCACAGAUAUUAGCUCUUCAGAGACAGACCGCGUCUCUACAGGAGAACAACACCACGCUACAAACACAGAACGCCAAUCUACAGGUGGAGAACUCGACGCUGAACUCUCGGAGCGCCGCUCUCAUGUCCCAGAAUGCUCAGCUGCAGACGCAGCAGUCCGGCACAGAGAACGAGAGGGACGUGGCCAUACGAGAGAAGGAGGAACUGCGCACGGUCUACGAUCUGCUGCUGCACGACCACGAGAAGCUGUCUGCACUGCACGAGAGACAAGCGUCGGAGUACGAGGAUCUGAUCGGCAAACACGGAGAGCUGAAGAGCGGCCACAAGAGCCUGGAGCUACAGCACCGCAGCCUGGAGAACAGGUACAAUCAGCUGCUGAAGCAGAAGACCGAGCUGGAGCAGCUGGAGAGAGAUCUCACAGCAGAGCGAGAGAAGAUGAUCUCUGACAGCAAGAGUCAUCAGGACACAGCUACACAGUACCAGAGGCUCAGCGAGGAGCACCACACGCUGAGCUCCACACACCAGCAGCUCCUGAAGGACAAUGAGCUUCUGCAGACAGAUCAUAAGACUCUUAAGAGUCAGCUGAACACGGCCCGGCUGGAGCAGACGCGUCUGGAGGCUGAGUUCUCCAAACUCAAGGAACAGUACCAGCAGCUGGACAUAACCGCCACCAAACUCACCAACCAGUGCGAGUUGUUAAGUCAGCUGAAGGGGAACCUAGAGGAAGAGAACCGGCAUUUGCUGGAUCAGAUCCAGACCCUCAUGCUGCAGAACCGGACCCUGCUGGAGCAGACCAUGGAGAGCAAAGACCUGUUCCACGUCGAGCAGAGACAAUACAUUGAUAAACUCAAUGAACUGAGGAGACAGAAAGAGAAACUUGAGGAGAAGAUUAUGGAUCAGUAUAAAUUUUAUGACCCGUCACCUCCGCGAAGGAGGGGUAACUGGAUCACACUGAAGAUGAGGAAGCUCAUCAAGCCAAAGAGUCGUGAGCGCAUGCGCUCUCUCACACAGACUCCUCCCCGCUCCGAGUCCAGCGAAGGGUUCCUGACGCUGCCGCAGCCAGACAGUCAGGACAGCUCGUCCGUCGGCUCUGGAUCCAACUCACUGGAGGACAAUCUCACCCACCGCAGCGGCAGGAAGAGAGUUGAGAAAAGCCAAACACAGGCUUCCUCUAACGCGCUGAAAAAGCUUCCGUUCAUGAGGAACCGAUCCAAGGAGAAAGACCGUGUGAAGGCCGCCUACCGCCGCUCUAUGUCCAUGAACGACCUGCUGCAGACAAUGGCUGUGUCCGAGGGUCAGUGGUCCAGCAGCACGGAUCAUCUCGAAGCUCAGCACGGGAAGGAGUUUGGAUCCAUGGACUCCGCCGGCCUGAGCCUGAGUCGCGGCCCCAGCGCUCGCCACCACUCCGACACAGGCGCAGCCAUGUCCAGUGAAGACGUCAUGCAGCUGACGGAGCAGGAGCGCGCUCAGGGUGUGAUGAACGGCAGUGUGAGUCGGCCUCGCAGCGAGAGCAGUGACGUCAGUGUGAGUCGGGACAGUCCCGCCAGCCAGACCUCAGCGCAGCACAGCGCUCUGGAGGGCAAACGCAGGGCCAAAUCUGCAGGAAGUGAGGUGGUUUCCCUGCAGCAGUUCCUGAAGGAGAGCACAGAGCCAGCAGAGUCGUCUGGUGUGUCCGGAGCCGUGCCGCGUGUGAAGAGCCGAGGCAUCCUGCGCUCAGCCAGCGGUAAGGCCCCUGCGGGAGCCGGUCAGCCGGGCCGCCCCAGCCUGCGCAAGGCCGAGAGCACGCGGUCCAAGGUCUCGCCCCGAGUCGGCCUGUCUGCGCAGAGCAAAGCCUCGUCAGCGUCUCUGUCGGAGCGUCUGGACUCGUCCUCAGGCCUGCCCCGCGCCAGCAGCGUCAUCUCCACCGCCGAAGGCUCCGUGCGCCGCACCAGCAUCCACGAGCUGCUCUACAAGGACAGCCGGCAGCCCGUGCUGGUGGACCCCGCACCCUCCCGCUCCCAGAGUGAGUACAGCGACCCAGCCCUGCACAAGUCUGCUAGCAUGCCCUGCCGCGUACAGGAGCCCGAGCUGUCCAGCCUGCAGGCCUUUCUAGGUCCCUCCUUCACCGUAGACUCCAUCUUUCUGGACUCCAUCUUUAGCGAGCCAGCGGUGACGGGUGGUGCUAGAAACCAGGCCAUCCUGUCCCUCAACACGUCUCUCGUUAGUAGCAUUAGCGGCCCUCCCCAUAAGGCCAAGCGCUCAGACGAGCCCGAGGAGGACGGCCAGUCGCUGUGGUACGAGUACGGCUGCGUGUGACCCCUGACCCCCGCCUGCAUGAGUCUGCUCUGUGUUAUGUCUUUGUAGCGACGCUCAUGUGAUUCUUCUGUUGGACUGAACCUCCAUCACUCUUAUAUUAACUGAUGCUGUCUGCUGUGUGUGUAACCGCUGAUCCACUUUCAUAUUUAUGAACAUGAGGUCCCAUGACGCUCCUCUGAUUGUUUUAUUGAAAUGACACGGUGUGGCUGUUUCCCCGAUGGUGUUUGUGUGCAUGCCUGUGGUCUGGUGUGGGUUGUGUUGUGUUGGCGUGUGAUGUGAGCCGUAGCCUGUAUGAACACACCGCUCUCUGCAGGUCAAACUCUGCUGAUCCAGCGCCCAUCGUGUUUGAUGCAUGCUGUGUGUCCACAUAACGUCCUUCAGGACACUGAUUCUUCUGUAAUGUGCCGUUGAAGUGUGGCUUGCUUUCGUUCUGCAGAUGUGGAAGUGUUUCAGGAAAACAGGAAGACUAAGAGCAGAGGUGGAGCUCAGAGUUUGUCCUGAAUUCACA